AUGGCGCCUCCGAGAGCCCCUCGAGGCAUGACAUCGCAGCCAACGCGCGAAGGUCGCAACUCCACGCUGGGUGCCAAGACCUCGCGCGGCGGCGGAAUUCAGAAGCGCAAAGGUGGCAGAACCCAAACCGACAGAGAUGGGGAUCUCGACAUGGGAAGUGGCGCUGGAGGAAGCGGCACACGCCGUCCAAACACCAGAGGGGCGCCAGCCGAUUCCAACAACUCGAGACCUCAGCGAUCGACAAGAUCCAGCGGUCCCCCCACGAAGCCUGGCUCGAAAGUACACCAAGCGAUUGCUCGACACUUGGACACUGGCGAUGGAAAUGACUUGGUGACGAGAAGGAAGCCGCAGGGUGCUGGCCUUGUCUGGCUGAGCGUCAAGGGUCUGAAGGAGAGCAAAGCUGCGAGCAAUGACGACGGUGGACUGCGGGAUCUGCUGAUGUUUCUGGAGCGGAAAGCCACGACUCUAUCCGGUCGCAAUAAAACGGUGCACAUUAAGAAGUCAAGUAUGAGAGGGGACUUGGUCAAUGUUGCGGCAAGCAAGGAAGAUGCGGAAGAAAUCCUGAAAGUCAACACUUUCACUUUUGCCGGAACUCAGUUGGAGAUCACCGAUAGUGACGGAUCAAUGGCCAAGGCAAACGAAGCAUCUGCUGCCGCACAGGAGACAAAACAAAAACUUCAAGGCAUCAUGUCACUCCGUUAUGAUAUGGAGAACAAGCUUCUGCGACUUGACGCUCUGAAUCAAGAUGAAGGCCUGAUCCAAAUGGGAAUGUUGGAAUCCAAGGAUAGGGCCGAGAAGCUCUUCAAGGUCAUGAUGAGGAUCUGCGAUGAGCUAUUCAAAACAGCACAAGCAAAGAUUGAUGCAAUCCACAGCAUCAGCCUAGCCAACAACAACAUUGACACAGUCGCCCAAGUCGAAGACAUGGCGGAUACCUUCCCUGAUCUUAAGAAUCUUGAUCUCAGCGGGAACCAAAUUGACAACGUCGCGGGUCUGUCAAGAUGGAGACAAAAACUUAAGAAGCUCGAGACUUUGUAUCUGACAGGCAACCCCAUUCCGAUUGCGGAUCCCAAAGUUGUGCUUGAGUUGUUGCACUUUUUCCCCAAGUUGCAAGUUCUGAACGGUGAGCAAUUGACACCGGAACGAAUUGCGGAACUCAAGGCUGCGGGCCGCCCGAAACCGAUCCCUCAACGGGGCCCUGAUUUCCGCGAUGCCAACGGCAUUGGAGAAGCAUUCCUUCUGGAAUUCUUCCUCGGGUUCGACACCGACCGCACCGCACUACUGGCCAAGUAUUACGACGACAACAGCCAGUUCUCUCUGGCGGUUGACACGCAUUCUGUUCGAGACGAGAACCUGCCACAGCCGAUGCCCUGGUCGUCCUACAUCAAGCAGUCUCGAAAUCUGAUGAAGAUCACAACCCCGGCCGCUCGAGCUGCCAGGUUGAUCACGGGAAGAGAGGCAAUUUGGACGUUGUGGAACGACCUUCCGAAGACGCAGCACCCAGACAUCAAGGCAGAAAUCAGCAAAUACAUCAUGGACUGCCAUCUCCUGCCCGGCCUCGCCGACCCUUCGGGCCAAACCCAGGGCGGGGUGGACGGCAUGAUCAUCUCAGUACAUGGUCAAUUCGAGGAGUGCGACAAAGCUGGCAAGACGGGACUCAGAAGCUUCUCGCGCACAUUUGUCCUGGGACCCGGACGCCCCAACACUAACCCAAUUCGCGUCGUCAGCGACAUGCUCUCCCUGAGAGCCUUCAACCCUCUCCCGAAUGUUUUUGUCGCUGAAGCCCAAGCUCCGGCCCCAUCCGCACAGGAACAAGAACAACGGCAGGCCAUGAUUGUCGAACUUUCGAAGCAGACAAAGAUGACGCCCACCUACUCGGAAAUGUGUCUGUCCGAUGUCGCGUGGGACUUUACUCGGGCCUUGGCAGUAUUCCACGAGAAAAAGGCUCAAUUACCAGCAGAAGCAUUCGCCAGUGUUUAG